CAACGGCGUGGCGUGGACGCGUGCGCGUGUGUGGUUUGUGCAAAAUGUUUCAGGCUACUCGUAGACCUACUACAUGACUGUAUUAUGUUUUAGUUCUGUGUCAUAGCGAUCGCUGCAGCUGUCGCCCUAGUACAUGUACUCCUGUUCUGAGUCUGAGUCUGUCCUGCGAAGCCGUCGUCUUCCUUACAUCUCAAGUACUUCAAGCAGCAAAGUCUACUAUUCUGGGCGCUUUGAAAGUCAAUGUUCCUGUUUGACAUCUGUUCCGGGUCCGACAUUCUGUCACGGCUCCUCGCCGGCAGUGCGGUCCGGAAAAGUACGGUGGAGUUUGUGACCUCCUAUUUUGUCAGCCAGUGUAGAUCUGCUGUCGACGCCCGUGCUGAUUGUGUAGCACAGUACAUGUAGCCUUGUAAGUUAGUUACUGUACUGUAGUUGUAGGGCGAGGUAGUCGAUCGUCCGGACGAGCAGCUGAACUAUCGGGAACGUCCGACCCCACGCUCACCCUUUUUAUCGCAGCACGAGCCCGCACCCAAGCGGCGGAAGCGGCAGUUUCGGAAAUCUCCCACGGCACACACAACCAUGCAGUCGUCACGCGCGAGCAGAUCGCAACCAGCAUCGGGCAAGAGUAGCGCCAAAGUGCGUCUCUUCUGGUGCGCUGUGGGCGCAAGCGUGAUGCUAUCUCUGCUGGUUAUCACGCCACUAGCGAUGGUCUGGACUAGCACGGAGUUGGGAGAGAUCAAGCGCCAGGUACAGGUGCCACUGGACCCGGAGCGCGGCAAUUCCAGUCGCCAGAACGACACGAACGAGACGGAAACGGUGCGAAGCGGUGCGGGCUUGGAGGUGCCGUGGCGAGGCGGCCAGGCCACGUUCAACUGGCACCCGCUGUUGAUGAUCAUCGCGUUCGUGCCGGUCAUGGUCCAGAGUCUGCUGACCUAUCGCAUCUACUCGCGUAUCCUGUGCACGGCGGUGGGAAAGACAGGUCAGAAGCUCGUGCACGUCACCCUGCACCUGGUCGAGUUGGUGUUGGUAGCAGUGGCUCUGGCGGCGGUGUUCGACUACCACCAUCGCCAGGGGUACCCGCACGUACGCUCGCUGCACAGCUGGAUGGGCCUGACGACGGUGGGAAUGUUUCUCGCCGUCAUGGUUUCCGGCGGCGUCUUCUACUUGCUGCCGUCGCGGCUGGUCAAGUCGGAGCGUCGGCGCGCCGCCACGCCGUACCACCGCAUGGCAGGCGUCGGCGUCAUGCUGAUGGCCUUUGCCAGUAUGGCAUCCGGCAUCAGCGAGGCGCUAGCACUGGACGGCGGUGCUGCGGUGUACCCGGCCAGCGCCAGCGCACGACUGGGCCAGGCCGUCGGCGUCCUGCUGCCGUUCGUAGCCAUCCCGGUGGCGUUCGUCCUGAGCAGGGCCGAGUUUCGCCGGCGCCUGGACCAGGUGGAGGCGAGGACGCUGAGACCGAACACUACGACGGCGGCGUCGGCAUCGCAACCGGCAUCACUGCAUGGCACUGGCGCGAUCAUGAUGGAACCGACCAAGAGCCGCCGGCAGCCCGCGGCGAGCGAAGACGAACUGGGGCAGAUGAACGGGGGCGACGAGAGGCAACCGCUGCACAGAUCGGGACACCACUAGCCCGCGCCAUUGUGAUUGGUUGGCAGGACUAUCGGGAACGUGCGACUCCGAGUUCACUUGUUUUACCGGAGCACAGACCGGGACACCGCUAGCCCACGCCAUUGUGAUUGGUUGACAUGACUCCGUCGCCCGCCACCAGAUACCAUCUAUUAGUGAUCACAGGCCCAUGACACUACUAGAAAAUACUAUGUCUAAUCCGAAUAUGCUAAGAGAACGGAAAGAAGGCUGGCUAUUUCCAAUAUUAACGUUAGUCCAUCUAUAGCAGCUGUAUCUUAAUUUUUGUGCACAUCUGCGAAAGACCGUCCUGAAAGGACACUCAGAAUUGCCUCGGUCAGAACUCUGGAGUCAAAUUUAUAAUAAAAAAGGUACUCAAUCUGCAGACCAAAAAAAGGUAUCUAUUUUUAUUGCAGCUGUGCGUCUGCUGCUCAUGUCCGUUCCGGCUUGGAAAGCAGGGUAUGUCUGAGUAGAGACAGUAUUGUUCACAACUGGCUGUGGGUGCAUGCAAACGCCAAAUUGCCGUGAAACUCGGAGUACAUGUACACGUAACAGCAACAUGAUUAUAAUCAUUAUAACCUCGUUC